AUUCUUGAAAAUUAAGUCAGUAGGACCCAAGUUCCCUAGCAAAUUGAAAGGUUUUGUUCUGGUUAGAAGUCUAAAUCAUCUAUAAAACAGUCUAUCUAAAUUCAGGAAAUAUCAUUACCAGAAAGGUGGGCAAGAGAUUUGUUGGGUUGUUUUGUUUUGCUUUGCUUUGUUUGACCCUAACAAUUUGGUAAGACUGUCUGCUAAAGCACAAGAGAAAUUAUCUGUCUGUCCACCCCAAUGAUAAAGCACAAGAGAAAUUAUCUGUCUGUCCACCCCAAUGAUAAAGCACAAGAGAAAUUAUCUGUCUGUCCACCCCAAUGAUAAAGCACAAGAGAAAUUAUCUGUCUGUCCACCCCAGUGAAAUGAUGGAUCUUUGAAAUAAUGAUUUAAGAUGAACUACAUCUUCACAUAUCUUACUAUUUUCAAGUGCUUUAAAAGCAGGUUUACCGUUAUUUUUAACUCAUUUGUCUCCCCCUAGUGGCAGAGUUUAAAACACCGAGUUUUAAACCACUUCCAUUUCUCACGUACUGGAAUUGUAUUAACCCAGUUUGGAGUAGUUGAUUAUCCUCGUAAGAGGAUUACCUUUUUCAUUUAUUUUAUAAUUCUGACAUAAACAUUAUGUUUAAAAUCAUAGGUAACUAGAAAUUUGGUCAAAAUUGAAGUUAUUUUCUUCAGUCGUUUUGCUUUAUAUCUCAGGAUCUAAAAUCUUAUCUGGAAUGGAGUUGCCAUGAAUUGAAUGUAAACCAGAAGGAUUGCCUAUCUUCAGCCAGAUAGGCAAAGGAUGUCUUUUUUUUUUUUUUCUUUUAAUAUCCUUGUUAGAAUAUUCAGUAGACAGAAAGCUAUUAGCCCAAUUCAGGUGCUAUGAAGUAUUCCCUAAUUCUCUAGCUGAAAAUGACUACAACUUGUUUAAAAUUGUAUCAGAGCAUUAUUUAUUUUGCUUUGGCCCCUCAUGGGACAGCCUAUAUUAUUCUUCUCUAUACGUGGACUCCUCCUGACUCCCUGUGAUUGUAAACUAUUGUAAGCAAGGACACGUCAUUUUUUUCCUCCAAUUUCUGUGGCCAUUUGGGAUGUAAUGAUAAUAAUCAGCAUUUAUAAAGCACUUUACAUUAUUUCAGUUUUGGCUGACCUAACAAGUGUUAUUACUGAAUUGUGUAACAGCAACAGUCUUUUUUUUUUUUCCUCCCUUGAUUCAACUCGUCUCCCUUUCGACGCAUCUAAUGUCCCACUUGAUCCGGGGACAAGUGGAGCGCUGAUUCCGCUUGGUUGGAGGAAUGGGGAUAAUCCAAGCGAUUAGAAGAGUCCGACAGUUAAUAAAGGCUAGUUGACUUGAGAGAAUGGGGGGCAGUGAAGUCAGAAAUUGGGGACUAAACUAUGCGAUCCCAAGCCGUUUAACCCUUCAUCCCUCAGGCUUCUUUCCCACUUUGGUUUCUUCCCCGUGGGAGGCUCACCCGCCACCGUGUGUUAACUGUAUAUACAGUCUAGGAUGUUUGAAACCCUAUUUUUGCCUUCCCCGAACACAGUAGGUGCUCAAUAAAUGCUUGCUGCCUUGACUAACAAGUUAGACUAGUUCCCAAAGCACGAGGUAGGCACUUAAUACAUGCUUGCUCAGUAAACGUGUUCUCGGCAGGGGCUUCGCUUGGCCAAUCCGAUCAGCAAACCCUGCCCGUGGUCCGUCACUUUUCUCAGGCGGAUAGUGCCCGGUAAGAAGAGACUUAGAUGUAGAGUUAAAGAGGGAGAAACUCGAGGAGGAGAAUUCACAAGCAUUCGCCCCAGGAGGAUUCUUUAGACGGAAAAGACGGAACCGGAACCUGAGAACAGGGAAGUAACUUUUUAGAAGCCCGCCCCCAAGAUGGCGGCGCACGAGAGGGGCGGGGAAAGGGCAUACUCGAUCACGUGACACUGGUGGGGGCAGCUGGAAGGGGGGAAAGCAAUUCAAACCCGAAGCCCGAGGACUAUGGCGGCUGCCCCCCUGCAUGAACGAGCUUCCGGGCGCGAAGAGGAGGAGGAGGAUGAAGAGGAGGAGCAAUUGGUCAUGGUGGAAUUGUCUGGCAUUAUUGAUUCAGAGUUUUUAACAAGAUGUGGAAACAAAUGCAAAAUUUUGGGCAUUGACACAGAGAGACCUAUUCUUCAAGUGGACAGCUAUGUCUUUGCGGGGGAAUAUGAAGAUACUCUUGGGACCUGUGUUGUGUUUGAAGAAAAUACUGACCAGGUUGAUGCAGAAGGUAACCAUAAAACAGAGCUGAAAUACAAGUGUCACACAAUGAAGAAGCUCAGUAUGACAAGAACACUUCUGACUGAGAAGAAGGAGGGAGAAGAAAAUAUAGGUGGUGUAGAAUGGCUGCAGAUCAAGGACAAUGAUUUUUCAUACAGACCCAACAUGAUUUGUAGCUUUGCACAUCAGAAGGAAGAUGAGGAAGUUGCAGCUCAAGCUCCAGACAAAACUUUGGAAAUGGAAGACCAGGAGUUGCAAGCCAAAGAGAACACGGGCAUGGGCAAUGAACUGGAAAAAUCAGAACACUUAGAAAUGGAGGAUGCUGGUCCUCUUCUUGAUAGCCCUUCUUCUGAGAUGGAAGAAGAUUCUACUUCUGUGGAAACGCAGGAGCCUGCCUUAGAAGCCACUCCCAGGUGAUAUCAUUCCUGUAGGUUCUAGGCAUGGACAUAACUAGAGUUCUGAUUUUGAAGAAUUGAGUGUAUAGCUUUUAGUUAUUCAUGGAUUCCAUGACUUUUGGCCAUACACAGAUUAUAACUGGAUAUAUUUGGAUAAGUCAGGACUGAGCAAUAACUAGAUAAUUCUUUUUUUUUUUUUUAAUUCCUUCAGAUUCUCUAAAUUAGAGAUUUUGGCUAAAGUGGGUAUUUAUUGUAUGUAGAUGAAGGCACUAUUUUUAGGGGUUUUAAAGGACUUCUGGGAGCUUCAGAAAAGGGAUCCUGAGCAAAACAUGGCUAUGUUUUAUGCCCUUUCCUCUAAGAGGAUAAUCAGGGAAUUCUAGUAGUUACUAGAAAGUGUUAUUUGGUUUUGCUAAUUUAAUAAAGGCAUUUUGUUCUGUACCAAGGAUUUGGCCUUUUUUCCAAAUAAGGAAAUGUCUUCUAUAUUGUCAAUGUAAUCCCCAUCCUUUAUCUCCUCUCUAUUUCCCCACUCCCCUCAAGUUAAUUUUAGAGAAUUGUGAGGGGCCUUCAGAGGUUAAGUGAUUUGCCUAGGAGUCACAUAGGGGGUAUAUCCGGCAAGAACCUGGGAUUUCCAGACUCUGGCUUCUGUAUUUGAUUCUGUUCUAUCUUGAAAUGAUGAGCAGAAAUUUAGUUUUCUUCUCAUUCUAUAACAUUUGGCUUAUAUACCUUAUUCUUGUAGUGUAAGGAAUUAUAGAGGAUCAUUUUAUAAGGUUGUUUAACAAACCAUUCCAGAUUAGCAAAAGUUAGAUAAGUGAGAUGGUAAUUAAUCUAUUUACAUGAAAAUGGUGUAGUAAGUACCUUGAAGAACAUGGAUGCAUUUUAUCUUGUUUAUAAUAAUGCUUGGUAUAUAAUAAAGUCUUAUUUUUCAGAAA